AUGUUCAUAUUAAUUUUAUUAUCCAUCUCAUGGGCAUCUCCAUGUAAAACAGAAUAUUGUGGAGAGAAUAAAAUACCAUGUGGAAUUGAAGUUUAUCCAAAUGCUCAACCACUUUUGCAUUGCUCGCGUCCAUCUUGCUUCCAGCAUCGAUAUGCGGACUGUGAUGAUCGUGCAAUGCGUGAAUCAUGUGAAUUAAAUGAUAGUUGGGUUGGGGGAUUUGAAAAGAGUUAUGGAGAUCACCAACCGUUGUAUGUGCAGUGUUGUACGUUUGAAGGUUUAACUAAUUAUUCUACUCCACUUUAUCACACAUUUAUUAAGCCUGGACAAUAUUUCGAAGGUGAAGAACAAAUUGAUGAAGAAAGCGACACAGUCAUCUCAUUUGAUAUUAUCACAAAUUUCAAGAUGAUACGUCGCUCCAAUGCAUCGAUUAUCUAUGAAAUUACAAUCCGACGUUUGAAAUGCAGUGAGUUGCCUACUUUGGAAAAAUCUAGGUACAGAAGGCAUUGGCUGUAA